ACAACCAUCGCCUCGUUUUUCCCCUUUUUUUCCCCACCUCCCCAAGAUGGCCUCUCGACGAAAUAUUGUUAUUAUUGGUGGCUCAUACGGCGGCAUUUCGAUUGCGCAUUAUACUAUGAAGCACACCAUCAAUGCUUUACCAGACAAAGAAUCGUAUCAAGUCGUACUCAUCAGCGCAUCGUCACAAGUCAUGAGCCGCCCUGCUUGCCCUCGUGCACUUAUUUCGGACGACAUGUUCCCUCAAGACAAACUGUUCGCCGACAUCCGUUCACAAUUCUCCCAAUAUCCCGAUGGGAGCUUUCGAUUCAUUCAAGCUGCCGCAGAAGCUGUGGAUCACGAAGCUCGUAGUGUUACUUACACUGUAGAGGCAGGCACCAGGGAAGAACUGAGUUUUCACGCCCUUGUUGUGGCUACUGGGGCAUCAUCAACGUCUCCCCUGAUGGGCUUUAACCCCAACGAAGCGUCCCUCAAAGAAUCGUGGAAGAAAUUCAGAAAUGCUUUGUCUUCAGCCAAAAGUAUCGUUGUUGCAGGCGGCGGACCCACGAGCAUCGAAACAGCGGCCGAGUUGGGUGACUAUUUGAACGGGACAUCAAGCUCGCCUCAAACAGCCAAAGUUCCAAUCACCAUCAUCUCAGGAACCUCCCAAAUCCUCCCUUCUCUCCGCCCUUCUCUAGCAAAAUCUGCCGAGCAAUAUCUUUCCAAACUUGGUGUCCGCGUACUCACCUCCACACGCGUCAUGACCGUAUCCCCUGAAAACGCGGGCCGCACGAUCACUGAUCUAACAUCACCCUCUACACUCACAUUGAGCAACAACGAAACUAUUACCACCGAUCUUUACAUCCCCGCUAUAGGUACAACUCCAAACACCUCAUUCCUUUCUCCAGCCCUCCUUACACCCUCUUCACAAAUCGAAACAAACACCGCAACGCUCCGUGUCUCCAAAGCUGGACCACUCAUCUACGCUAUCGGGGACUGCUCUUCUUACGCUCGCCCUGCCGUUCAUAACAUUCUCUCCGCUGUUCCCGUUCUUGGGAAUAACUUGAAACGAGAACUCUUGCUCGCUGCUGGGAAGUCUGAAGGCGAUGUCCCACAGGAAAAAGUGUUCAAAGAAGAUAAGAGAGAGUCGCAAUUGGUGCCUUUGGGGAGGUCGAAAGGUGUCGGUGCUAUGAUGGGGUGGAGGAUACCUAGCUUUUUCGUGUGGUUGAUCAAGGGAAGAGAUUAUUGGCUUUGGACGACGGGGGGUUUGUGGAGCGGGAAGCAAUGGGCAAAGGAAGCGUGA